CUGAUCUACAAGGCAGUAGAGAAUGGCGUCAGCUGUCGUCUGCAGUGCAACAAAGUUUUGAUAUUUUGAACUCGACAUUGCGUUUAUCGUAUUUUGACAGCUAUGUAAUGGUGACGUUAAGUAAUGGCGAGCCACGACGGAUCAAGUCCUCAACAGCCUUUUGCUGACUACAACCGUAUCGACGUCUCUGAAAUUAAAUUCAUACAGGUUGUUGGUAAAGGUUCAUUUGGUGUGGUGCACAAAGGAAUAUGGAGAGGCAAAAAUGUAGCUGUAAAGAGAAUAGAAACCGAGGCAGAGCGUCAAGCUUUCACAGUCGAGGUUCAUCAACUCUCCAGAGUUUCCCAUAAAAAUAUUGUAAAACUCUAUGGAGCUUGCAUAGAUGACCAAAGGAAUCCCGUAUGUCUUGUAAUGGAAUAUGCAGAGGGGGGAUCUCUGUAUAAUGUUUUACAUGGAAGGUUUCAAAGAUAUACUGCUGGCCACGCCAUAAGCUGGGCACUUCAAUGUGCAUGUGGUGUCUCUUACCUUCAUAACAUGAAACCCAAAGCUCUUAUCCACCGGGAUCUGAAAUCUCCAAAUCUUUUAUUGGUUUUAGGAGGCAAAUUGUUAAAAAUAUGUGAUUUUGGUACUGCAUGUGAUAAAAGCACAUAUAUGACAAACAAUAAAGGCAGUGCUGCUUGGAUGGCUCCAGAAGUUUUUGAAGGAAGCCAAUAUACAGAGAAGUGUGAUGUUUAUAGUUGGGGUAUUAUUCUCUGGGAGGUUCUGAGCAGGCGGAAACCCUUUCAAGAGAGUGGCAAUGCCUUCCGUAUUUUGUGGGAGGUUCAUAAAGGGCGGCGACCUCCUCAGAUUCAAAAUUGCCCAAAGCCUGUGGAAGAAAUAAUGACAAGGUGCUGGGAUAAGGAUCCAAACAUGAGACCUUCCAUGGAUUACGUAGUUAGUUACAUGUCAAAACUAAUUAAUUUCUUUGGGAAUUAUGAUUCGCCUAUUGAAAACUUAUCAGAACAAGAAAUUAUUGAAGAAGAGUAUGAAGAGGCUGAAGAUUCCUAUAUAACGGGUCAGCACACUGGUGCAACACUAUCCUCUAGUACAAAUGGUAUCAAUACUGAUUCCUCCCAGCGACGAGUGCCUCCUAUGCCUAGUAACUCAGAUAUUAGUAAUUUUUCACCAUUGACAAUAGAUGUUGGUCCUGUUUCUGAAGGACCUGAACUGAUCUUUGUGGACCGACCUAACAGUCAAACCUCUUCAAUAGACAUGACAUCACAGCAACCCAGCGCCCAGGAGGAGGUGGACAACGUGCACUUGAUGCUGGACAACCAGCAGCUGCGGCCGGUGGAGCCCAACCCCAGCUGCCCGCAGUCCAUGCAGAUCUUCCAGGAACACAAGCAGCUGGCGCAGGAGUACUUGAAGGUGCAGACGCAGAUGGCCUACCUGUCACAGAACAAGGACUACCUGAUGGAGAAGCUGAGCGAGGCGGAGGGCCUGAGUCAGCUCGACCAGCAGGACAUGGAGGAGCAGCAGGAAGUGCUGCGAGAGCUAACCAGCCAGAAGGAAAGCCUAGUUCAGCAGCAUCGGAAUCUGCAGCGACAGUUGGAGCUCAUGAGACACAAUAGAAGCAACAACCAUGAAGAUGGGUGGGUGGUUGUCCCACAUCUGGAUCCAGGUGCUUAGGUGGAUCUUUGUCUACUCUAGUCAAAUGCCGCUUUAUCUCGCCCUAUGAAAUCAUUCCAUUAAUUGUACUUUUAAUCAGCCACUGUGUGCUCUGAGGAUGAAUCUGUGCUGUGUAUUUAUUUAUGUUACUUUUAUAGUGUGACUUUGUAUGUUGAUUGAUUGGAAUUAAGUCACCAGAGUCAUCAAGAUUUCUACAGUAAAAUGGCUUUGAUAACAAAAAUAUACUUUUUUUUAAAAAAAAAAAAAAGCUUUUUGGAAAUAGCUUUUAUUUUACUAUAUAUAUCAUAAGGAAAUGACAACAAAUAUCCAAAAUCAAAGGACAAUAAAAAGUUAGUCUGCUGAA